UCCUCUAACGCCUACAGUGUAACGUGAGGAAGAGACAAAUUGUGCACGUUCGAUCCCUUAAAGGUGAAAUUGAGAAUUGUCAGAAGUACAACUGCGUCCGGCGUUUGUCGCAGAGUUGAGGACCGUUUUGCAGCAGCUCGUCGGUGUGGACGGACAUGGCGUCAUCGAGCCCGUGUGUCGUGAUCAGUGAUGAGGAGCAAGGUUAUGACCUGGACCUCUUCUGUAUACCAAAACACUAUGCGGCUGACCUGGAGCGUGUGUAUAUUCCUCACGGACUCAUCAUGGACAGAACUGAACGUCUAGCCAGAGAUAUCAUGAAGGACAUGGGUGGACACCAUAUUGUGGCUCUUUGUGUGCUGAAAGGAGGCUACAAGUUUUUCGCUGACUUGCUAGAUUACAUCAAAGCCCUUAAUCGCAACAGUGAUCGCUCCAUUCCCAUGACAGUGGACUUCAUCCGCCUCAAGAGUUACCAAAAUGACCAGUCUACAGGUGACAUCAAAGUGAUUGGUGGAGACGAUCUGUCCACACUAACAGGAAAGAACGUCUUGAUUGUGGAGGACAUCAUUGAUACUGGGAAAACAAUGAAGACGCUGCUAGAACUUCUCAAGCAAUAUAACCCAAAAAUGGUCAAAGUUGCAAGUUUGCUGGUGAAGAGGACACCAAGGAGCGUUGGAUACAGACCAGACUUUGUAGGAUUUGAAGUUCCUGACAAAUUCGUGGUUGGAUAUGCACUUGACUACAACGAGUACUUUAGAGAUUUAAACCACAUCUGUGUGAUCAGCGAAACAGGAAAGGAGAAGUACAAAGCAUGAGAAGCCCUGAACUUCCCCCUCUAGCUGUGUAUCAUUUUGUUUUUAAUAGACGUCUUACAUUUUUACAUCCAUUUUAUAUAUAUAUUUUGAUUUGUUUUUCAGUAGUGCAGCUCACCGCAGGUUAGUGGUCCUCCACUCAGGGUCUCUGGUGAGGUGUGUGCUGUUAAUGCACCUUACAUUCACUUAUACCUCCACAGGCACCCAACAAACAUACAUCAACCACAAACACUUUGCAGUUUAGCCUCUGAGAACAGAGGUCUACAAGCUGCUGCUUCUCGGUGGAAAGAAGCGUUUAAACAACCAGUUGUAAUAGGGCCAGAAUCCCUUUAAUUUAUUCUAACGAUUUGCACGGGACGUUAUAGGUAGGUGUUUGUGUUUUAAAGAUUAGAUUAAAGCGAACGUUGAUUUUUAGGUCAUCUUGCUUUGCUAUUUAAUAGUGCACAUGGAAUUGAUUCGGUCAGAUGGCAAAAUUUGAACAUUCAUCUUUCCCAAAGACUCUUUGCAGUGCAUAACUGUAAUACGAACCAUGUUAUUAAUGAUUCAGAUCUGUGGGUAAUGUGAUUAUAUACAAUAUGUUGAAUGCUUUUACAUGUGAAUGUACUUUUAGCGUCAGGACAGCCUGAUCUUCCAAUCACAUUUCAAAUUUAAAGCCAAAUCUUUUUAAGGGUUCCUGCAGGUUUUAUGAAAGUAAAUUUAAGACUUUAAAGAGUUUUACUUUAGUCCAAGAAAAUAAAUUAUGAUUCAUUUUAAGAGAAUGCAAUAUGUAAAUGUUUAUUGUAAACUUACAGGGAGCACACAUUAAGUUGUAUUCGUUUGAAAAUGCAUAUCCUUUUAUUUAAUUUAAAUUAAAUUGACAUCACAUGUUUGGUUUCAACCACUUGACUAGGCAAUAUUUUUGUACCUCUGAUCACACUGCAAAAAAGUCGCUUUAUCAGUAUUUUUUUUGUCUUGUUUUCCAGUGCAAAUGUCUAAAUUUUUAAAUCAAGCCACAUUUACUUAAGAAGUGAAAUGUUGCAGAAUAUUGUCUUUUUUUCCCCCCUGUGAAAUUGAUCCAAAUAAACAUGUUUAUUAUUACAACAAUGCCACUGUGUUCAGAUAAAUCUGUCAAAUUAAAACCAUAGACAGGUAUUUGUUCUAAUUUUAAGCGUUUUCAGUAGGCAAGACAUACAGUGCUUAGCAUAUGUAAGUACACCCCUUACAAAUUAAUCUUUUUCAAUUCAUAUUUUAAUAGGAAGCUAUACAACGUUAUAUUUGUGCAUAUACAUUAGGUUGGUCAGUACUGAAGCCAAAUCUGGAGCUUAUCUAACAAAAUCACUUUCAAUAACAGUCCAAAAACUAGUACACUCAAACUUAUAUGUUGAGGGCAAAAAAUUUGAAAAAUUAACUUGAAAUUUUGUGGUUUAUAGUUUUGUUUGGUGACAAAUAUUAUUUUAAUACAUAUCUGUUUAAUAAAUUAGUUUGUUUAAAUUUGUUUUUUUAAAUGCACCAAAAUACAUUGCCUAUAUUCACUGAGAAAUGGAUAAAAAUAUUCAUUUUUAAAAUAGGGUGUACUCCGUUAUGAUGAGCACUUUAACUUCUUCGUUUUGCCUCUUAAGUAAAUGGAUAUUGAUUUAAAGAUGUUUUGGAAAACAGUAGCACUGAACACAUUCACGCGAUACUUUGUGCUCAAGACCUCUGAACUGUGAAAUUGAGAUUUAAGACCCGCAGCAAUCUUUUUAAAUUUUUUUGUUUAUAGUUUAUUUUGCCUGUCAAGAUAUUUAUUUCCACCACGUAAUGUGGGUUUGCUUUAAAAUAUUUGUUAAUAAUGGGGAAGACAUUUUUUAAGGUGCCUUGUAUGGUAAUAUCGUCUCUACCAUAUAAAUACAGUAUGAAAAUGAAUGAUAAACUGAUGAAAAAUGUUCAAGUGACCUCACAAUUGUUCAGCCACCUGUCAAUUUUAUGAUAUGAUUAAAUUAUUCAAAAGGU